GCAUGGAAGGAACGAGCGCGUGACAGCGGGAGAGGCAGAGCGCGCGGACUCCGGGCGUACUCUUUGCCCCCUGUAUAGUUUCCCGGGCCUUAAAACAACAACAAAAAAAAACAAAACUUGCAAAAUACCACAACAGUGCAACGACAGCGGGGGCGGCAGAUGUUUCCUACGGCUGCAUUGCAUUCCCUGUGGAAAAUCAGAUGAAAACAACUUAUAAUGGGGAGUUAUAGACACUAAGCUUUGAAACACACAGCACUGUUUCUUCAACUCAUUGAAGUUUUGUUUUUAAUUACUGACUGCAUUUUUUUUACUCGUUUGGAGCUUGGAAGGCAAAUGGUCUCAUUAAGCCACAGUGAGCCACUGUAUAUUACUGACCGGCUGACACCUUCGGGGAGUAACUGUAGUGGGCAACAUGGCGAAUUGGCAUCGAACUCAUCAUUGCUGGAAGAUGGUAGCAGUGAUGGAUGUAGCCCAAGAUCAUGUUCAAGCCCAGACUACCAGGAUGCUAAUUAUAUCAAUGUCCAUUCUAGUGUGCUGGAGAAAUAUAGCAUGAUGGGCUUAUUGGUUUCAAAGCUGGACCCCCCAGCUGCUGAAGGCUGUUCCGAGGUGUUUGAAGCACAGGUGAAGCUGCCUGAUUUUUGCUCCACUUUGACGGGCGACUUUAUCCCCACGCUAGAGGAAAUUGAAGAAUUCUUGAAAGAAAAGAUGGAAAUCGUGAAAGAUGGACUUACGGAAAAUAGUGCCACCACAGAAAUCAAAGUGGAUGUGAAAUCGGAAGCUUUGGGUGACUCUUCAUUAGAAUCCAGUGAAUGUUUUUUGUCAUCUUCAGACAGCACUGGGCUUGGAUCAACUCCAGAGGUGACUGCAACUGGGAGCGUUCCCAUGAUUCUCCAGCUUCAGCCUGUCCAAGUGCCCAGUGCAUGCCCAACCACACAAACUCCAAGCAGUGUGAAGUUGACUCAACUAGUGGUUAAUGUCCAGGGCCAAGCCUUUGCCUUAGUACCUCAGCGGGUACAGACUCCACCAAACAGUGCAACCCGCCAGUUUGUGAAAAUUGCACCCCUACCAAUAGCAGCGAGGUCUGUAGCCGUUGGUAGCUUAGUGAAUGUUGUUGAGGCCACCCAGAAGCUUCGGAAAUCAUCCUCUGCCGAUGUAAUCAGAGUGCAUAAGUGCUCGUUCCCGGGAUGUAACAAGAUGUAUACCAAAAGCAGCCAUUUAAAGGCACACUACAGGAGACACACAGGGGAGAAACCUUACUCAUGCACUUGGCCAGAUUGUGGUUGGCGGUUUUCUCGCUCAGAUGAGUUGUCCAGACACAAACGCUCCCAUUCAGGAGUGAAGCCGUACCAGUGUCACAUCUGUGAGAAGAAAUUCGCCCGCAGCGAUCAUUUAUCCAAACAUGUGAAAGUACACCGGGGAUUAAAAAAUAGCAGAAUAACCAGAACAACCAGUUAACACUGGACUGUCCUUUUCUCCUUUUAUAGGAAAGUAUACCAGAGCCAUUGAAUUUUGUAAAUGGAAUGUACAGAAGAUAUCACAAUUAUUAAUAUGUGACUGUAAUCAUUGAAUGUGGGUGGUAAUGGGUUUUAACAGCUCUUAGUUUGAAAAGUUAUUUCUCGAAAUGACAAAUGAAUUGCAUUUCUAAUGUAAAUUUUACUCAUUCUCACUUUAUGACUUCAGAAAAGUUGGUUGGUUCAUAUUUAUCAUUGUAAUCUAGGCUCUUUUAGCUGAUGAAGUCUCAAUGUAAAAGAAUCAGUGCCAAGGACAAUGGUAAAUUUAACACAAUUGAUAAAAGAAGUAAAUGAGAGAUGCAUUAAGUUGUUUAUAAUUCAGAAUUCCUGAAAGGAUGUAGAUUCAUGAGUAGUUUUCAAAAAAAAUGGUUGAUUGAGUACCUGAAGAAGAGAAAACAAUAAUAAAAGGACAGUUUAGUGUGAAUAAUUUGGAAAACUUUAAAGAGCUGGCACAGGUGUGAUGAUCUGAAUGGCUCUCUUCUCUGCUGUAAGAUUUGGUAGUAGGUACAAUAGUUUUUUGUAAUAGCUAAUCCAAUUACAUAAUCAGUUGUUCCCCUGAAAUGCAAACGACAGUGCAACAAUUAUGAAGAUUAUCAGACGGGAACCUCACAGGCUUGAAGCAAUCCAUUGGGUUGGAGUUUAAAUUCAUUCAUAAAUGGACAGUACUGGAGAAAAUCACAAGGAUAAUAGGUUGUGAAACUGCAUUCUGUACACCUGCUCAUUUGUAGUUAGUACCUGAAAAAGAAAUAGCAUUCUAGCUUACACGUGACACAGUUUCAUACUCUUAAUGGCUUUUUGUCGUAGCCUUGGCUAUAUUGGGUUUUUUUUUAAAAUGUCAAUCUCCAAGCAGCUAGGAUUGAUCAUUAAGUAUGGUCUUGCUAAUAUGAUUAAUAAACCGAGAACAAAUUUUAAAAGGUACCACAGUCAAGCUUCCUCAUCCACCCAAUUGAGUUCCUUCUCCAUAUUGCAGGGAUGUAGCUCUCUACUCCUGCCAGUCACUCUAUAAGGAACUCUGAUUUCUGUCAAUUGUAACUGUGGUAGAGGUUCUAGAUUUUUUUUUCCCUAAUCAACCUGUUCAGGGAUGUUAUGAAAUACCCCUGGAGCAGGUGGGACUUGAACCUAGGCCUCUUGGCCAUUGCAUCACCAGAGGUCAUGGUGCUGGUUCUGUAUCCCCUUUCCAGACAGCAAGAGCAUCUAUCUAAUACAGUCUGGCUUCCAGCUUCACAAAUCCAGUGCAAUUUAGCAUCUAGGUACACGUUGAAUGAUGAAAUCGUUUUACUGUUACAAGUCUACACAGAAGAUUAUCCAUUUAAUCAUCAGAUGGUAUUCUGUUCAAUCGUAUACAUUGCAUUCAAUUUUUUUUUUCAAAAUCACCUGUUUACAAUGGUGGUUACGUUACUCCUCAUUUGGAGUCCAGUUUACUGUGACAACAUGCGCUUUCACAUGCAGGUUGUAGUCUAGAGAUGUAGAAAGUAAUAAUAGAGGCUUAAACAUUGUUCCAAUCACACAGGUGAUGCUUUUAUCAUCUGCCAUUGGUUUGUGUUGGAAGGUUUUGAAGUAGAUGGCCUGUUUGCCCCUCUUAUGAACAUAUCUUCCUUUGCCAUUAAAUCUGGGCGUAGGGCUCAAACACGGGGAACUCGCUGCUGAGAGGAAGGGAGACUACUUAUUGUGCCGCAAGCCAAAAUCUUUUAUUUACUUUUCAUUAAUGCAAUCUUGCCACCUUGGCCCUAACCUUUUCUAUCAAUAACAUUUUGCAGUUAACACAUUAAAAAUCUUGCACUUAACUUUCUAAUCAAUUCCUUCUAAAAACAGUGCACCUUAACCCCAAGUUCACAAAACAUUGUUGAAAUAGUAGUCAUUUACUCGAGUUUAAAACAAAAUUGUGUUUGCAUUUUGCAUAAGCUGAUUCUCUUCUUUGCAUCUAGCUACUGUGUUUUGUUUAGUACUUUGCACCAUUUAUUCUACAAUUCUUUACUUCUUGGAGCCUCAAAACUAGAACUCGUCACUGCCUAGACUUUAAUUUUGCCUGUAAGCUCAGAGACCGUAUGACCAGGAAUGCGUCAUUCAGCCUUUGAAGCCUUUCUCCACCAUUCAGUUUGCACUGAAGCUGAUCUGUAUGGGUGACAAUAUUUAGCCGCUUGGUUCCAUAUUUCUUAGUACUCUUAUCUAACAAAAAUCAGUCUAAGAUUUUAAAACUUUAGUUGAUCUACCCUCAAUAGCAUUCUAGGGGAAGGAUGUUCUAGAUUUCCACUACAUUUUGAGAGAAGAAAUGUUUCCCGACAUCAUCCCAGAACUCAAAUUCUAAGGUAAUGACCCUUUAUCCUUGAUUUAUCAUGACCAAACUUAUAAAAUCCAAAUAUCUCAGUUAUGUCUCCCCCUUAAUUACAGCAAAUUUAGUGCUUUCCUGAAUUAUGGAUCUAUACUUGGACUUUUUUAGUGUUGUAUUGUGAAGCAUAAGUGAAAAUCACUGAGGAUACAAUGACAGAACUGACUUUUAAAAGGUUCACUUGGAUAGCCUUCUCUGGCAAAGGGCUUUGGGUGUAUUGGAAUAAAUUGUUCUUGUGUGAAAGAAAAUGGCAUGGGUGUGAUUUUAAAUUGCAGGGCAUGAUUUGUGUCUGCAAGAGAACUAUGCUUGGAAUUUAUCAAGAACAUGAGUGAAUUUUGUUCUCUUACUAGGAUGGUUCCCACACACUGGAUGUUAGCAGAUGAGUUAACUGUGGAUGUUUCCACACAAACAUGGUCACUCAGAAUUACCAGAGGUUUGCUAGCACCUGUGGAACAGUGCUGUAAAUUGUUGCACCCCAAGAGAAACACAGUAAAUUGAAUUGGAGAAAGCCUUAUAGGAAGAAUUCCAAAUGAAAGUUAAUAAAAGUGCUUUAACCCAAAGAAAACCUACAAAGCCUUUAAGUGCAGUCACUCACAGAUUCGAGACCAGAUGAUGAUUUGUCUAUCUUGAGAAACAUGAAUUUUCAAUUUUGUAAAAUAAGAUUUUAACUCAUUGGAAGCCCUAUCUCACAUCACUAUUGUAUACUUUGAUAUGAACCCAUUUUCUAGUAUAAUUAUGAAUUGAAAGGCACAAAUGCCAAUUCUGGUGAAAUCCGUACUGGACGGAAGCUUUCACAUGAUUAGUGAUUAUACUGCAAACACAUCUACACUCAUUCCAAAUUUACUAAAUGGAGACAAUCUUGACAAGCUUUAUGGUUCCAAAUUCCCACCUGUGUUAGUCGGUAUUGGGCAAUAAACUGUCUGCUAAGGCCAGUCAUUUACAAAUACAGAAUGAAAUUACCAGUCUGAGCACCUACCUACAUUGAACAUUUGUAUUACUAGUAACAGGCUUUAGAAAAUCCUCACUAAUGAUGCUCAUUUUUGUAGCAUGUCUCUGCUGAGUCACUUUUUGGCUUACCUUCCCCUGUGUCCCUUACUAUGGGGUAGGUACAUAAACUGUAAUACAUGGAUUUAAUUCAAAUAUUUACUAUUAGAGUCGGUCUAAUGAAUAAGCAAGUGAUUUUAACUUUGCACCACAGAACAAAGUAUGUUGUAAAAAUGUCUAAUGUGAAUAGUGCUUGUAGAGCCUAUAUUUUUCUUGCUGUUUAAUUUUUUUCACGGUGAAGGUAACAAAUGUCAGAAAUUUUGUUCUCUGGUUGACCGAAAAAUUCAGCACCACCAGAGGAACUUGCGGAGGAUCUUCGAGAACAGAAUUUCAUUCAGACUGAAGCAAAUUUCCUUUAAAAUAAAUUUUCUGGCCACUGACUUAGUUCCUGAACAUUUUACUGUACACACAGCAAGAAAGUCCAGUACAGUCAUUGCAAGCUGCUUCCCAUUAAACACAUGGUUGUCAUCAUGAUUGUUUUUUGUUUUGAAUGAAGAGGUCACAUAACA